CAGGCGAGGGUCGUGCUACAAUAUGUGUGUCCACCACGGGAUUCAGUUAAGCUCUCAACCUCUUCUGCGCAAUACACUCCUUCGUCUUCCAUUUCGAAAUGUCGUUCCUGAAUUUCUUCAUCUGAUCCCGAGGUGUCAAACGGUCCGCUGAUCUACGAGACACUAGCUCCCAUAUUAAUAUCCUUCGUAAACCCACCCCGCCUAGUAGCAAAUCAAAGGAUCGUCAUCACACCAUGUUCGCUGCCAUGGCCAUCCUCCUCUCCUCCAUCGCUAGCCGGCUGAGGCUCCGCCGCCGGAACAAGAGGAUCACGUCCUCUUCGGGCAACCCCCGCCCACCUUUCUUCUCCUGCGGCGGCGGCGGCGACACCCUCAGCCCUUUCGUGAAGCCCAAGACGACGAGGAAGCUCAAGGCGCCGUCGAGCACAAGAUUCGCGGAGCAUGGCCAGGACGGCGGCACGGUGGACGACGACGACGUCGGCGAGCCGUGCCUGUGGCGGCGAACGAUACUGCUCGGCCAGAGGUGCCAGCCGCUGGAGUUCAGCGGGGCCAUACACUACGACAACGAUGGGCGGCGGCUCUGGCACGCACGGACUCCGCUCCUGAGCCCCGGCCGUUCUUCGGAAUUCGGAUACAUUGAUAGGGCAUGAGACGCCUUGCGACAACUCAAGGACGAACAACCGAAGAUCUGCUCAGGAUAUCGACAUUGAUAGGGCAUGAUUCUCCGAUUUUUAAAUUUCCCUCCUCCUGCUCUCAGAUAUCGCUGAGGCCCCAGUUUUUUUUUCUUUCUGUCCAGUAUGAUUGCAUCAGGAUCAUGUUGUUCUGUUCUCUCUGUCCUAGGAAGUUGGCAGUAUGUUGGAACAGAAAAGUGAGCAUUUC